GUUGCUAGAGAAGUGACUCUCAGAACACAUACGGUCAACGGAGUACAAGUUGAAAUGUCAUCCCAUCCGUUCACCGAGGAAAACUCGCAAUUGUCGUCAAGUCAGGUCAGCCACUGAAGUGAAAUCUCUUGUAAAAGUAAUAAUGACUCCAUGAUUGCCCUAACUUGGUUUCUAGGCCAAGGGUGAUAAUGGGUCAGGUUUUUGAAAGGUUUCGGGUUAGUCAGUCAGGAGCAAUCUGUAGAAACAGUGCUAACUCUACUGAGUAUGAAGCCGAUAACGUUCUGGUGAAAAGGGGACGAGUUCGGGACAGGAAACUCCUUGGUGCUUAUCCUUUUUAAAAUAAUCAACCCUUCUGACACACAAUGCUCCAAAAUUUGAGUAAUUAUAAAUAACUAAUUUUCAAGGAAUUGCCAAUAGCUUAUCUGAAUGGCUAUAAGGUUUUUGCUAGUUUGGAUUUGCUUUUGGCCAAUGCAACCCAUCACCAGCUCAUGAGGAUUAACAUUUUGACUGAGUAGAUAUGAUCACUUAACCCUCGGACGUGCCAGGGGGUGGUCGCCAAACCCCCUCCACCGCCCCCCCGCCCCCCCUUCAUCUGAGGUUUUUCUGAGUUUUUCUUCGACGAUAAAACAUCAGCACGUACCUGACGUUUUCAAUAGCUGUUCGUUUAUCCCUCGCACGCAUUUUGAGACCAGUUUCGUGAUGGUCAGUUGCUAUGGUUACGAGACGUGACGUCAUAAGUAGCCGAUUGUCAAGCCUUUUUUGAGUGAAAAUGCAUGUUUUCUCAACUUGUUUCAAUAAUAAAAGUAAAGAUUGUGCAAAAAAUGAUGCAAAAUGCUUUUUAUGUGUUAUUUAAUAUGUCAAGCACAAAAAAUUACAAUUCUUGCGGUUUUAACCUGAUUACUAACUCUUGGUAAAAUCCAAGAUGGCGACCCCUGUUAGUGACGUCACAGGCCUCCAGCAGCGCUACCACCCAUAAAAUAUACCUUAUCUUAUUGAGAAGAUCAAAGGCUUUCCAGUGAAGGCAAAAUCGUUGCGAAAUACUGCAACAAAUAAAAAAUCUAGGGAGGGGUUCCUUCAAGCGCCCCUUGUACCACGAUGGGGGUAUAAAUUUGCGUGUACGUCCGAGGGUUAAUCGACCAGAGUCCGUAAGGUAGAUGAUUUAGCUGAAAUGAAUAUGUCUCAACCUCAUUUAUACGUUCACUGUUACCCCAAUUCAGCUUCAGUCCAGUAUUGUUUUCAUCCGUGGACUCUCAGUGGAUACAACUGAAGACGGCCUGUGGAACUAUUUGGAAAACACAAGGCGCUCAAGUGGCGGGCCAGUGGAGGAAGUCAAAAUCACUGGAAAUACUGCAAGAGUCAAGUUUGAGUCAGCAGAAGGUAAUUUCACCUUUUGAUUUUAAAAAUGACUCGAAGAUAAACUAUCAAGGACACAAAUUUUGGUUUCACUGAUUUAAAAUUACAUCGUCUGUUUAUUUUAUUGAGGAAAUAAUCCGUUACUUGAGCAUAAGGUAAACAUUUGCCUCAAAUUAGAAAAAUAUAUAUAAAAUAUAAAAUAUAAAAAAAUGUUUCUUACUAGGAUAUAAGUGACUUUUGGUAGAUUCAGAGAGUUACUACUUGGUGCUCCAAAUUGGGAGGUUCUGGUGCUACAUCGGCCAAAUUAAGCAAUUUUAGGCUGUUACGCGGGUAAUCUUUCAGAGCACGGGUAGCUUGCAAACUAAACUGAACGCAGGGUUGUCGGAACAGCAACAAGAAAAUUUAUUCCAAAAAUGAACGUAAUUUCCACGAAGUAAAACUCUACAACAGCACGUAACUCGUUAAACUUACCGCCAACUACAAUUAACUUCGAUUCAUAAACUUACACAGCCUCCGCCAACUUGAAUUAACACUGCCUUCGUCACACUUGACUACUAACGUCUCUUCGCUUGUGAAAACUAGUUAAAACUUAACUCGGACUCGCGUACUUAUAUACUUUUAAAAUAACAUUCUAACACUUUCCAAAUAGUCUAAUCGUAGAAAGAUUACAAACUAUACCGCUUUAGAAACGCUUACACAAGAUCCUAAAAUAAACAAACUUUGAACUCUCGCGAAGCUUCUGGAAAGUCACGCUAGUCACGCAAUACAAUUUUUCGCAACGUAGGCCUUGUUGAGAACCAAUCAGAUUCUAAACGGGUAUCGGAUGAGAUUUUUGUGAUAUCCGGAAUAAUAAAGAUCGAGGAAGUGCUAUCAGCAGAGCCGAGGGCCAAGGCCGAUAACACUAACCAAAACCUUGAUUAUUCCGGAAAUCACAAAAAAACGAAUCUAAUAAUUGUUAUAUUAUACAUUGUAUUUAAGAACAUAAGGACAAACACAGCAUCGCAUGGAACGCAGUUUGACAUAGCUCUUUGAAAUCAUGCCUUGCGCGCGCAACCUACAGAUUAGUCACUAAUCUUCUAGCUAAACUAACUAAUUUGUAGGUUGCGCUGAUUUCCAAAAUUAACUGAAGGCUCUUAGCCAAUAAGAAGACAGAUAGUGAGUACAAUGUAUAAUAAGUAUGUGUAAUCAAAUGGUGACGAGUGAAAAAGGCUCGGGAAAUUAUAAGGAUUUGGACAAAACGCGCGAGAAAUUAUUCUCUAAUUUCACGAGUAUACCCUUUGAUUACCUAUUAGUAUCAUGGGUGACGAAUUACGUUAGCAAUCUUCGAUUUUUUACAUGUUUAUCCUGGAUCGUAUCGAUCGAGAACUCCCCUCUCUCGAACGUUUAGAGCUCAAAUUUGGCUUAAGUUCAGAAUUUUUCGACAAAAUACCUGUUAGAAUCAUUCGUGAUGUGCUCUUUGUAUAGGUAAUAGCAUGGUUUGUAGUGAUAUUUGGCAUAAAUACCACGAGUGAUAUUUCGAAAUUGUUAUAAUUUCACGAAUCGUUAGGCGAGUGAAAUUUGAGACAACUUUGAAAUAUCAAGAGUGGUAUUUAUGUCAAAUAUCACAUACAAAUCAUGCUAUUAUUUGUUUAUACUACCACUAGCAAAAGGUUUGUAAUUUUCACAUGUAGGCAUUUCAAAUCAAGCUGAAAUACCACUGCUCUAAGCCAAUCAAAUUACAGAAAUUUGUCAUGUAGUAGUAUAAUAACAGACAUCUAUCAAGUUUCACUGAGGGAAGCAACCAAUAAAUGGAACGAUAUUAUCUUCUUCUCUUGGCAGAUGCAAGAAUUGUGACUCUCAAAAAACAUACUAUUAAUGGUGCACAAGUUGAGGUAUCGAAUCAUCCGUUCACUAGUGAGGAACCUGAAUUACAGGUUGGUCACUGAGAUAAAAUCUCCGGCUCACAAGAAGUCGUAGCCCGGGAAAAAUAGUAAUGGGUCUGGAAGAGAACAUUUUAACGUUCUAUAGAGCUACAUGUAAAUUGAAUCUUUAAUGCUGAGUCAACAAGUUAAUGAAUCAACAUUUUGAACUUUAACGAUUGUGGUUGUUUGUAAAAUGAAGUUUUCUCCGCUUGCGUCGAUAGAGAUUUGUAAUUGCUGGUAUCUUGGAAUACACCCCUUAGAGCCCUUUAAUUCAGCUUUUCUAGUUUAUCACAGUCGCUUUCAAGACAAAACGUGUGCCAUACAGUGGAACAAUACUUAAGCUACGAAAGAAUACAGCGGGUUUUAACUCAAAAAGCUUAGAGUCAAAACUAAGGAAUAAGACGUGUAUAUAUUAUUAUCAAGUUCUUUGUCAACCGCUUUAAACUUCGAUCUGUAGAUGAAGAUCUUCGAGGAGCAAGACCAAGACUUUGAAACCUUUAAAUCUGAACUUGUAACUUUAUAAAAUCAAAUCAGUAUAAAAAAAAGACGUCAUGCACGAGGCCCCUAUGGCUUCAUCUACGCUGUGACAGAGCCACGGAUGCAUCUGUCUUGUGGCAAAGUAAAUUGUCAGUUUUGUAUGAUUGAGAUAGAUCUCUCGUACCUCGUAGGUGUUUCUCAGGUUACACUAAGAUCGAGUUAUUAAAAUACGUGUUUUUUUUUAUUAUACAGCAGACAGGUUCUAAUUAUCUUUACUGGUCUUAAACCUCAGGAGAAAUAACGAUUUCACUGCGUUGAAUUGUUACCUUCACUUUCAGUCCAGUGUUGUUCUCAUCCGUGGACUCUCCAAGAAUACAACUGAGGAUGGUCUUUGGAACUAUUUGGAACACACAAGGCGUUCAGGUGGCGGGCCAGUUAAGGAACUGAAAAUCAACGGAAAUUCAGCUAGAGUAGAGUUUGAAUCAUCAGAAGGUAAUUUGAAACACACAAUUUUUACUAAUUUAAGACAGUUUUAUUGGCCGAGAUGAGACAACUUUAAAGGUAGCUUCAUAAGUGAAGCUUCAAACUGUAGCUGUAAAGGUACUAAAAAAAACAGCAGCAACGAUAAGGAGAAAGUCAUAAACUCAAUUUAAAGGAAAAAGAUCGUAUUCUAAAGGCAACAGAUUUAUUUGUAGCAAUGCGUAAUUUAAACAUUAAUUUGCUUGGUGAACUAAUUUGAAUUUCAAACCGUAACUCAACAAUGUUUUAUAAUUUAUCAAGGUACGGACAGAACGAAUUUUAUUUCUGUAAAAUCACAGUUGUUUUUCGUUUUGUUUUAUUUGUCUUUUAUAUUAAAGUAGUCACUAAAACUUUUUCUUGUUGCUGAUAAUAAUUUUAUGGAUGUGUCAAUUGACCACCAAACCUCAACACAAAAUCCGGUUGUUCUAGUGGCCAAACGUUUUUGUGAAAAAGACAAGCACAAUUUGAAUGGAGCUAAUCUCGAAGUCACCAAAGAGAUGUCUGAAAAACUCAAGGAAGCUGCCAAAACCAUCAUGGUCACUUGCCUUGCUGCAAAAACCACUGAAGACUCCCUUUGGAACUACUUUGAAAACAAGCGGCGAUCUGGUGGUGGAGCGGUAGAAAGUGUAGACAUUCAACAUGACACAGGCACGGCUUUUGUGACCUUCGCGGAUGCAGAUGGUAAGUCAUUGUGUACCCCGCUCCAAGACCUCAGUUAGCCAGGAAGAGGGAAAACAGGAAGAAAGGGACAAAAGAAACAUUUUGUACUAUUGAAAAGAUGUGAAACUGCAGUUAUAGGAGCAUGGGCGCGGCCGUAUUUCCAACCUGUACCGAUUGUGCACUUUGAAAUGUCUCCACCGAUUUAUGCAUUUUAACCAUCAUAAUGUCCUCAUUUUUCAGUCUUGUUACUUAUUGGCUUUCUUCCUUUCAACCCUGAAAUGUACACCCCACCCUCUCAACUAUUUUUUCCAGGAUUUUUGUCAAAAUGUCUUUAGACCAGACCUUCCUCUUUUCAGCAGCUACAAAGUAGUCAUUUUUCUUCUCAGACACAUUUUGCACUCAUAAAAGUUGGGUUUUUCAGUUUUUAUCAAAAUCCAAACAGCCAACCAUCCUGAUUGACGUCACAGGUUCCCGUCAGCGCUGUAUGCAGUUGCGUUUUAGAACCCCUUCUGUACGGAAUUUCUUUCAUAAAAGACAGUUUUCUUUGCCGUGACAAAAAAUCUGUAAAUUCCCUUUUAAUUAACUCGCUUAGUAUAAAGACACGUUUGAUAUCCACAACGAACUCGCUACUGUGACAGUGACGACCUGGCCAUUGUUCCAAUCUCAGAUCACCUGUCAGAACAGCCCACAGUCUUGAAGAAAGGUUCUCCUUUUAAUAGUAUCCAGUCUUUCUGGCUCAUCCUCAAAUCAAACGACAGUGUAAAGAGAAUUCCUCACUCCCCCUGGAAAAAGAAAUCCCCCCCCCCCCCCCCCCCCCCCCCCCCACCGCCACAUACACCUUACCGUAAGAGUUGUUUCGACAAGCAGUUUUUAUAACCUUCUUUCUUAAAACCACACCGUCUGACUGAGUCAGACCCAUUCAAAAUUUCACCAUGUUAAAAAGUCUGUCAUGUACUGACGAGAGUUCGGAGAACACACCCGGUCAACAUGGCGGUUCACUACAACCACGUUUAAUUGAAUCUAUGCGUCCGCAUGUAAUAACUCUAUGUGGUAAACGCACAGGGAGACCAUAACAAAGUGAACGUAGAAAGAAUUGAUCGAUUGAAUUAAUUAUGGUACACAUUCUGUAUUCACUACCUAAAAGUGAAAAACAUCUAACAACCAAUCUUUCGAUUUCUUCACUUUUAGUUCUAAAGACUGUGUUACUACGUCGACAGCACUGCUUGGACGGAGCUUCCCUAGCCGUUAAAGCAGGCAUCGCGGCAGCUGAGCAGACUGACCAAGAAGAUAUUGAAGAUUCUCGAACCAUUGAAUUAAAUGGACUUGCUCCGACAACAACUGAAGAUUCUAUCAGAAACUUUUUUGAAAACGCUCGACGAUCCGGCGGCGGAGAUAUACAUAGCAUGGAAUUCAAUCCUGAAGAAGGAUUUGCUGUCAUAACGUUUAUGUCAACUGAAAGUGAGUUUGUUGAUAACCGAAACUAGGCCCCAUUAAAAAUAUCGUUAGUCUGUUUUCUUUUUUUCUCUUUUCUAUCCCUAUUAAUCAACUAGAAACGAGGUGCACUUUUUAUACGAUAGGCGAAAACGUUCAUAAAGAAGAAAAUGGGACCUGAUUUCCUUCCUUAUUUUCCACAAUACAUCCAUUAAGCAACCUGUUCAUCCCGCCCCUAGAAGACAGCUCAAUGUCCUGGAAAAGAAAAUAAGCUGCUCAUGAUGGUUAAAAAAUUCCUGUGCUAUUUUUUUUAUGAGCUGAAAAGCUUCUAAAGACAAGGAGUUCUGGCUUUUGUACUUUCGUGGUCUAACAUAUUGCUCAUGUAGUUAGUUGUUCCCCAGUCGUUAUAAUUCGUAAUUCCCUAUCCUUCAAGAUCGACAUGCAUUUCCGUGGAAUUUGCAUUAACAAUUUUAUUAAUGUUAUAUUUAAGGUGCACGAGGAGUUUUGAAUAAAGAAAAUCUCACCCUUGACAAAGCAAAGCUGACGGUCACACUGCGCAAACCAACCAAGAAACUGCCAGUUGAUACCAAGACGCUUUUUGUGAAAGGUCUGAGUAAAAAAACUACCAGGGACGGCUUAGAGUCUUUCAUGGAAGUAGCAAGUGGACUGGAAGUAUCAGAUAUACAAUUUGGAGAGCAAGGCUGUGCACUAGUUCUAUUCCAGGACACAUAUAGUACGUUAGUUUGUUUGGUUUAAUGAUCAGUUAUUGGAUGAGGCUGAGUAUGAUGUACCUGAUUGAAAACACGUUUUCGCUUAAAAAUAAUAAACCAUCAAUGAUGAGGCUUCAAGGAUGUAUGGGUUUACGUUCAUUAGCAAAGCAAAUUCAAAGUUCUUUCAACAAGAGUUCAGACACAUUCUCACGAGUUGCUUGUGGAUCGUGCGCAUAGAAAUCCCGAGAGUAAUUCGUUUAAGGAAUGCCAUUGUCUUUUUAUUUCUUUAAAGAUGAAACAUUUCAGGUCCUAUCUUAUGAUUUUUAUAUGGCUACGCUCUUUUAACUUUAGAGAUCCCUGAUAUGCCUUGCGCAGGUUAAAUUGUGAACUUAUCACCAAGAAAACUGGAAACAUUUUGACCAUUUUUGGAAUGCAUCAUCACGAAAAGCUUCGAUAAUGAGAACUUUUCUAGAAAAAAAACUUUAAAUUGCAAAGCUAAUCAAGUCCUAUACAUAAAUUCAUUAGGUCUCAUCGUUUAUUUUUCAUCGUCACAUUUGUUCACUGUGCUUAAAAUUUACCAUCUUUCAUUCUUUCACCAUUAAAAUACCGUGUGGCACGAAAUUUUUGCGGGAGUUUGUUUUUUCGGAGAGGCCACUUUUUUUGUUUUUAAGAAACUGAUUUUGCGACUGGGACAGAUUGGUUUUUCUCGCUGGGAAAAACAAUUUGUUAUUUUCAGAAAGUCCCUGACAAAUCAUUGGUAAUAUUUUCAUUUUUAUCGAGUACGUGCGAUAGAAAUACAUAUUUUCAGACCAUACUACCGUGCGCGCACCAUAUGUAAAACCAGUAAACCAGAUUACCUGUCUUUGCCAUUCGAUUUCAAUAACAUUUUCAGUGACUGAAAGAACGGAAUCUUCAGACAAGUGGUCAUUGAAAAUACACGAAUUCUUAAUACUGUAUCUUGGUCAGCGAACUUAAGCAAGAGAAUAUUUACUCUGGAGUAAAUUUUUGCGGAAAAAAUGUUUGCGGUAAUUUUUGCGGCGGGAGCUUAUUUUUGCGAAUCGCUGGAAAAAUCGCAAAUAUUGGUACCCGCAAAAAUUGUGUGCCACACGGUAAGUGGAUACUGGUCACAUAUUAAUUAGCCGAUGGUAUUUUUUACAAUUACAGGCUACGAUACUAUUACUCAGAUAGUUGCAAAGAAACCUCUUGAUGGCAAUAUGCUGGCGGUAGAGCAAGUGCCUGUUUGUCACUGCGUGGAAGUGACAGGGUUGAACAGGGCAAACACAACCAAGGAUGCCCUUCGUUACUACUUUGAAAAACAUAAGAGCGGUGGCGGUGAUGUCAGCAGCGUAGAACUGAAUAUAAAGGAUGGCUGGGCUUUAGUUUACUUCGAGAACCCAGAUGGUAUGUAACGUCACGCUAAGAGGGCAGUCAUUAUAGCCCUUUUCAGAGCAGAGAUAUCUUUCGUAGCCUGUUGCCAAUUGAUUUAUUGCUUGCGGGAAACCGAAAUAAAGCGUGUUUAUGUUUCUUGUUUUAUUGCAGUUGUUAAUGGUGUCAUGGCCCAGGAGCAUACACUCGACGGAGCGCGGCUGAAAGUUAAGCACCACAACCCUGUCCUUGGUAAGCCAGCCUCUUUACCUGAUGUUCUUGAGCUUCAUAAACAAAUCCAGGUGGAAUGCCAAGUCAUGCAGUUUGUUUUUGACCGUCAUAACACUGAUUUUGCCCGACUCCAAGAUAAACAUGGCGUCAAGGUACGCUGGGAAGAUGGAUCCAACAAUAUAACUGUCUACAAUUUGGGAACCGAAACUUCUGAAGAUGAAUUUGAAGUUGCGUGCAAAGAAAUUGAAUCUUUUGUCGCUGCGUUUCAGACAUACACCAUGCAUGUCACCCCAGAAGCCUGGCAGGCUGUUGUGGAGCAUCUCAAGCAAAAUAAAAGCUCCUUGAAAGACAGCAUGAACGUGGAGUACCUGGACGAGAAGUGCAAAAUUCUUUUAGCCGGGAAGAGGAAAGAUGUAGAUGAAUUAAGGGACGAAUUGAGGGAUCUGGAGAUCCAGGUAAGGAAACAAUUAGCACUGGAAGCAUCUAAAAUAACAAUCACCGUUGAAGAAGUUCCGCGACAACGCCUGGAGUUCUUGAGUGACUUCGACUUUCACAAAAAACUCGAAGUCAAAUAUGAAAACACAAACGUGGACAUUUUUGUGGACAAAUGCGAAGUUCAUAUUCGAGGGCCUUCUCUUGUAGUUGAAAAGGUAAGAGCGGACGUGUGGCAAGCAAUUUCUAGCGUGAAGAUAGUAACCCUCCGAAUGUCUCAGAAUGCGAUUGAAGUGCUUAAAGGUAGAGCUUGUCAGUCAUUCAUGAAAGAGCGAUUUAAAGCCAACAAUUUGCAAGCCCUUGUAACCUUUGACGUUGAAGAGGGAGAAACAUCCCCGAACACCGCUGCCGUCAUGGGGAUGAGUUCUGAGGUAGCUCAAAAGGCGUCAUACUUAGUGAAAGCGAUGAUUGUCGAAGAAAGCCUUGUCUUAGAAGAUGGUCAGGCUCAGCUGGAAAAAAGUGAAAAAUGGCGCAUGUUUAGGGAUGAGCUCAGUGAAAAGUCGAUUCUCAGCAUCAUGUUUGAUAGAAGCAGCGAGAAGUUGCAACUUGCGGGGAAAAGAGAGGAUGUUUCAAUUGCAGUAAAAAGUGUCAGACGUUUCCUGAACGAGAACACAAUUAUUAGCAAGGUUUUGGAACUUCGUAUGGGCUGUAGGCGGUUUCUGGCGAAGCACCGGGAACAGAAGCUUCGCCAAAUACAGGAAGAAUUAAACAAGAAUUCUACGGUCUUUAAGGGGAUAGCUGAAAGUGACGGAGAUGGUGUCAUAGUUACUGGACCAAGCGAUGAAGUUGAAAGGGGGAUGAAAAUGAUCCAAGAUCUGGCUUCAACUGUCGAACAAAAGAAGAUUCCUGUUAACAAACCUGGAAUGCGAAAAAGCCUCAAUCGCAUUAGAGGAAAGAAAAUGUUGGCCUUACUGGAAAGCGAAAACCAGUGUGUGAUUGAGUAUUAUGAUUCCGAGAGAGACAUCUCGUCAAGUAACGUUAACGGAGAAGAAAAGAGAAACGCAAAGAAAUUAAAGAUGGAUUACGAGUGCAGCUUCCUUACGCCAGGGGGUACAAGCAUCAAGGUGUUCAAGGACAACAUCUGCGACCGUAACGUGGAUGUUAUUGUUAAUUCAGCCAACAAAGAUCUCCAACACAACUCCACUGGUGUCGCACAAGCUAUACUUGAUGCUGGUGGAGAAGCCAUCCAGGAAGAAUGUGACAGAUUUAUCGUCGAACUAGGUUCCAUUUUGGAAGGUCAAGUUGUCACUACGACUGCUGGAAAGUUGCCUUUCAAGAAAGUCAUUCAUGCAGUGGGGCCAUUUUGGAGAAAGGAAGCAGCGCGACAAAAGUCAAUGGGAAAAACUCCAAAGGAGGAGAGGGUCCUUCGCUAUGCAGUGAGUAAUGCCUUAGAUGCUGCAAAACAGUUCAGAUCAAUAGCCUUCCCUGCUAUAAGCACAGGAGCCUAUGAAUUUCCAUGUGACCUUUGCGCAAACAUUAUGAUCGACGCAACACUGGAGUUUUUUGAAGAAAAUCCAGGCUGCCAGUUGUCCGAAAUUCAGUUUACCAGCACCGACGAUGCAGUUGUCAAAGCUUUUGUUACCGAGAUGACAACUAGGUUUAGGGAAGAUCCCAAUUUUGAACAUUCUUCGAGAGGGAAAGUCGCAUCAGAAGUAAGCGGCAAAGUAGAAGGCAAACGAAGGAAAGAGAAAAAGGCAGCUCCUUCAACGCCACUAGCUGUUUCUGAUAAUAGCCCUCAAAAAACUCAAUCAAAUGAGAUGAUGUCAGCAGAAGGUUUAAAAGUGGUUGUUGUGCCUGGUGACAUGAUUCGUAGAGGUGAGUCACUGCACCCUAAUAUAUUUAAACAGCAUCCGAUCCGUAAAAUUUACAGCUCCUCUUUGUAAAGAUUUCCUAAGGGUUUAUGGGCAAAGUUGGACUGCUUAGGGGGGAAAAAGAAAAGGUUUACUAGCUGACCUAGAACUAAUUUUGAAAACGGAGAUCUUUUGAACGUCUAAUAAACAUUCAGCUUAAACUUAGAGUUGGUACUUAAUACUCACCAGUGAACAGAAUAGGCCGUUUCCGAGUUCCCCUGGGCCUCUGUUUCAAAACGAGGGUAGGUGCUCAGCAUUUGAUAUAGAAAUCAUUUUUCACUCUCACGUAAGUAAAACUCAUUUUCAAAUGAAAGGUUGUGCACCUGGCCUCAUUUUAAAAGUGAGGGUUUUUGGAACUCCGCAAAAAUGAUUCCAUAAUAUUAUCUGCAACACUGAAUCAUGAUAAUUAUUAGUAUCCAGUAUCCGUCGUGAUUUCUUAACUUCUUUUCAUGAAAAAUGUUUAAAGAAAAAAAUACCCAAUUUUAAGAGGAAAACUACUAUUUUAUUGCAGUUGCUUAUUCCCAGCUAGCUAGAUUGUAGACUUGCUUUUUAUCCAGGUUGCAUCUUAACACGCCCUAAGUGUUUUCACGCUGGCUAUUAGGACCUUUUACCUUCUUCGUCGUAACCUCUUCCGUAAAUUAGUUGACAAUAACUUUACACAAUUUAACUAAAUCACAGUUAAGUACGAUCUUUUAUUGUUUCUUUCAUAGGUUGACGCCAUCGUAAGCUCUACCUCCUCAGACUUAAAUCCCAGUAGAAACGCAAGUGCGAAAGCUCUGAGUGGCGUAGCUGGUCCUAAGCUUCAGCAGGAAUGUAAGGCAAUUGGUAAAGUAGAAACUGGUAAUAUUGUGGUGACCAGAGGGGAAAAUUUGGGAUCCAAGCAUGUAUUCCACACAUUGUGUGCUGGAUGGGAAAAUGGAAAGGGUGAACAGGUACAGUAAUCUACUUUUUUCUCUAAAUAACAUUCAUAAUACCAGAUUUCGUUAUGUAAUGCCCCAAUUCCUUUUUAUGAUGUGUCAUGAAAUGCUAUAAAUUUUUUGCCAAGGUUUUAGUAAAUGAGAGAAACUCAGUCUAUAGCCAUCCAAACAAAGCUGCAUGUGUAUCAGUAAAUAAAAAUAUAUCAUUAAAACAUUCAACAUCAAGGAUUCACAGUGGGAGAGGGAGGAGUCUGUUGUUUAAAAUGCAAAAUAGGCGUCUUUUAAUCCCGAGCUGCUAUCCAGAUGCCAUUUUUUUGUGCGUAAUGUGACAACUACCUAGUACACAAACACUCUAUCCGCUAUAGUAACACUUUACCAUCUGUUAUUUCAGGUUUUGCGCGAUAUCCUACAGAAGAGCUUGAUGGAAGCACAGAAACUUAAUCUUCUAAGUAUUGCCAUACCUGCCAUUGGAAUUGGAAACCUUCAGUUUCCUCGCGAUCGAGUUGCUGCUAUUUCCUUUGACGAGGUACUGACAUUUAGUAAAAACAAUCCAAGCAGCUGCGUUAAAGAGGUCCACUUGGUUGUUUAUGACCAAGACUUGCCCUCAGUUCAAGCCUUCCAAACUGAGCUACAAAGUCGUAAAGGAAACUCUUCCCACACAGUGACACCGGCAACAGCGGUAAAUGGAAAGAAGAAACUCAAAAAGUCGCGUGGAUCGGCAGCAAAAAAGCCACACCCUAAUGAAUCACCUGGUGAAGAUGACGGCUUUUACAUAAUCCCAGAAGAAUUAGAUUUAUUGAAACCUGAAAUCGAAAUGGGAAGUGUCACUGUUCAAGUUGAGACUGGUGACCUCACCAAAGAGGUAACAGAUGCAAUCGGCACAUUAUCAAAUACAGAAUUAGAUGUUGCAUUUGGAGGAGGUGUCGGUAAGGCAAUUAUUUCUGCUGGAGGAAAAGAAAUUCAGGCAGAAUGCUCUUCUCUGGGUGCCCAACCAACAGGUUUAGUCGCAGUUACCGGGGCAGGCAAAUUAAAAGUGAGGAAGAUUUACCACAUGGUGCCAGAAAUAAUGACAAUGUCUUCUAUUAAAGGUUGCCUCUUGAAGUGUCUAAAAACAGCCGAUGUUCACGGGAUGACCUCCAUAUCUCUUCCAGCAAUCGGAACUGGAAAUGUCCAAGUGGGCGUAAAAGAAGCAGCCAAAGAGAUGUUAGUUGCAAUUGCCAAAUUUGCUCAGGGACAGCCAAACUCACUUCAUUUCAUACGAAUCGUUGUCCAUCAAAGACACAUGUUUCACGAUUUUCGCAGUGCAAUGCAAUCAUGUGUCUCUUCGGCGGAGGGAGGACAAGGUAUUUUGUCCAGGAUUGCUGAUCUUGAAGUUGGCAGCUACUUAGAAAUAUUUGCCGGAACCAAGCAAGACAUCAAAAAGGCUGAAGAAGAAAUACAGAAAGAUCUGGCUGAUAGCUGCACUGCGAAAGUGAUUGAACACGAUGCCAUUAGCCACUUUUCCGAGGAACAGACAAGUAAAAUACAUAACUUGGAGGUAAAAUACGACGUCAUUAUAAGGAUAGAAGUUUACAUUGGUCGCAUAUCCGUAAGAGGUGACGCAGAAGACGUGUUAGAUGUUGUCACCACUAUCCUGGAAAUUUUGAAUAAGUACAUAGAGGAAGAGCACAAUAGAGGAAUCGAAGAACUCCUGUGCAAAAACACGCAAUGGUACUAUCAAGAAGACGAUGAGGAGGAUUGGCUGCCAUAUGACCCAAGGGUAAACUUUCAGAUAGAGACCGCGCAAAAGGAUGGUCAGAAAUCGGUACUAUUAAACAUUGAUGGUCACAGGUGUGAGAUUGUUUUCAAACACAUGAAGGAAACGUGUCUGGAAGAUGGAGAAGAGAGGAAUGUGAAAAGGAAGGAAAUCGGAAAAGGUAAUUAG